AUGACUCUAAAUUCGGACAAUUGCUCUGUGGUGUCCUUUCGCAAAACAAUCACUCCAGUGACGUUCGAUUAUCACGUGGCAGGUCAACUUCUUAACAGGCAGCAGUCAGCGAAGGACUUGGGCGUUCUCCUCCGUCACGAUUUGAAUUCUGAGGACCACGUGCGUUAUGUGUGCGGCAAAGCCUUUAGAAUGCUUGGUAUGCUGUCCCGAGUCUCCCGCCAUCUACGUGACCCGCACACUUUAAGAGCCAUAUACAGUGCGCAUGUUCAGCCUUUUCUGGAGUACUCUUCUGCUGUCUGGGCCCCUCAUCAAGAUUAUCUUAGACAAGACCUUCAGCGUGUCCAGAGAAAGUUUAUUAGAAUUGUUGGAUUUAGGAUGGGCUUCAACUAUGAUGAAGUGCCAGUGUCUGACCUGGAGCGUGCCCUUAACGUGAACUCCCUGGAGGAGAGAAGAGAUGUCCAAGAUGCCAUGUUCCUAUUCAAGCUGGUCACCAGUGCAAUUGAUUCUCCAUUUCUUCUGGAACGUGUGAGCUUUAUAUGUCACGGACGUACGAGAUCCAUGGAGUUGUUCGCCAGGAGAAAUCACAAUUCCUCCCUGGAGGCCAAUUGCACGAUGCAGCGGGUAUAA